CAUCUCGCGACGGCGCGUUACGAACUGGCCGCUCGACCUGCUCGGCGCUCCUCGAUGCUCAAGUCGACCACCCGUCGCAUCGCUCACUGCCGUUGUCGCAUAGAACCCUGACGUGCGCUAUGUGAUCUGUGGAUGUUGACGCGUUCAUAGGAUCUGCUGGAGUAGAUUGAUACUACUGACCUCAUCCACAAUGGCGCAAAAGUCCGAGCAGCGUCCGGAAACGACACCCAUGGAGUCCCUCCAAGGCUCCAUGAACUUGAUACUUACUGUCAUCGGUCGAUCGCUCGCCCAGCCAAAUCAGUUGCGUGAUCCCCAACAACGCUUCAAAUUGCAGACUCUCUUUCCGAGCGUCAAUUUUCGCUUUCACGAGGGCCUUGACCGCAUAGAGGAGGAGAUUCAGAGUGCACAGUGGAUCCUCAAGCGAGAGUUGGCAUUGCACAGGGUGAAAGAAGGAGUCAGAGCGUCCAGAGAACUAAAGAUGGAGAUGGAGGCGAAGAACGUCAAGAAGGAGGAUAGCGAAGACGUGGAUAUGCAGGACAUAAAGGAGGAGCGGGCACCCGUGGCAGUUAUGGCACCUCAGCAUCAAAUCAAGAGGGAAGAGGCCCCGCCGACACAAACUGCGCCUACAGUACCGGCCAUGAUUGCACCUCCAAUCACAUCAGCCGCACCUUCAUCAGAAUGCGCAGAGCAAGCUCCUACGACCGCAGUAUCCGGCGCUACUGAGCAAGAAAACCUUGGCCUUCCAACUAGUGCGACAGAUGAGCCAGACUUCUCGGACAUCUUUGGCGACGCUGACAUGGGUGACGAUGAGGGUACAAAUCCAGGCGACAACAAUUUCCGAGAUCUUGGUGAAAGGAGCGCAGAUGUCUCAUCAUUACUUCCCGGUCUAGAAUCAUACGCAAACAUGGCUGGUACGGAUAGUGCAAUGUCGGACGUGUCGAUGCCACCGCCCACCACAACGGCGAAAACGACAGCAUCUGGACAGGAAUACUCAACCGCGCCUGCCACAAGUGCCGAGUCAGCUUCUAAGCACGAGAAUCCCACAGCUCAGAUGCAAAAUACGGAGGCGAAGGAAACUCCGGCGACAACAUCAACGACAAUAGCACAGCCACAACAGCAGAGUGGUCCGAACGACAAUACUGACACACAACCUGACUUUGGAGACAUCGACUUUGGAAGCUUUGAUACGGGAGGCGAUGAUGCCGGUGGUGGCGGCCUACAAGAUGUAGACAACACAUUCAAUGAUUUGCUUAACAUGGACGACUACGGAUUUGGCGGGUCUGGAGACACGGGUACUGGAGGGCAGGAUUUGAACGAUUGGAUGAACACUCUUUGAUUAUCGCUCUAGAGACGGAGGAUCGCCAAGGUCAGUAGGCUUUGAUCCACCUCUUUUUAAGCUUGAGCAUUCAUGCGAAAAACAAAGUUGAUCGUAAGAAGCGGUCAAAUGUCCUAGCACGCAAAUAAGUGUACCCAUAGGGGCCUAGCGUGUAGCAUGUUCCUACCUUGCCUUCGAAAUCUCGAUUUUCAAAAGCUCUUCACCGAAGAAGGGUGCGAAAGCUUCUAUGCUAUUGGUCAUCGAAAGGAUUACACGUCAACAAAGCAGGACUUGAGGCUAAAGUAUGUCUACUCGGCGUCAACGUACGUCAGAGCACGGUAGCCACGCCGCCCCGCUUCGAAAGAGGUACUCAAAGUGUAAUGCGUGAGAUGAGCGCCAGAUGAAUAUGAUAGAGCCGAUGACAAGCUUAGGAGAUAGAUUAAACUGAAGAUGGUUGAAGCAUUCUUUCACGUCUCAGCUCCUAUCUUAGCAAGUUUAGAUCGUCGACAGAAGAGGUCAAAGUUUGCGAAUCAAUUUUAUCUGUCUAAGCUACGAGAUGUUCCGCUUAGCAUGUGCGGUAAAGCUUCUGCAUAUCAUUUCAUGAGUAGUUAUGAUUUCAACCGAGCCGCAAACCAGCCAAAUUUUGCCAAGGAAAAAUACAGAGAAUAGGGAUACUUAAACUCAUGCCUAGGCAGAAUAUGUCUUCC